CAAACCCUAGCAAACUCACUCCGACCCCUCACCUCCUCUCCCUCUCUCCCUGUCACUCACUCUCUUUCUCACUUCUUUCUCUCUCUUCAUUCGAUUUGUCGCCCUCUUCUUGCGGAUUUCUCCCCAAAUUCUCCGAGCAGAACUUGGUCUUUUACAUGCUGAUGUUCAGCUUACAACUGAUCGAUUCUCUUGCCAGUAUCUUCAACCUAAGGAGUCCAAGAUCCUGCUUAAGAACAGUUGGCGGCUCAAGCAGCAGAUGCAGACUGUUUUAUUCUUUGAAAGCUUUUUCAUGAACAGAUAAAGUGUUUGAAAGUAAUGAGUGAAUGGUGAUGAUAACUAAUCUGCAUUAUUCUUUGUAUGGAGGGAGAUAGUAUGCUGGCAUGUCUUGCUUUCUUGUGAAUGGUCAUGCCUUCAGAGCUGAAACAUGGGAACUUUUUCCGGUUCUCUACUCCAGGACUUCUUUUCAUUUUCACCCUUUUGGUCAAGAGCUUUGCGUCCUUGUCUGAUAAAUAUUUAGGUCUGGUUCUGGAUGAAAAUUACGGUGGAAAAGAAAGUAUCUACUUUGAAGAGCUAUCAUGUAAAACCUUUUUGGGGAAUUCCUUGUCUUGUGAGGACUUGAAUGGUAUUGGAUCAUUUAACACGACAUGCCGGUUGAGUUCAAGCUUGUAUCUAGACAAUGAUCUAUGUAUAUAUGGAAACGGAAAUGUGGAGAUAUCUUCACGUGUUAAGAUCAUGUGCCUGGUCAAAGGUUGCUCCAUCACUGUUAAUGUUUCAGGAAAUAUUAAAAUUGGUGCACAUGCAGAAAUUAUUGCAGGAUCUGUUAGUUUUGACGCCACAGAUGUUCUGCUGGAUCACCAUUCGACAAUAAACACAACAUCUUUAGGGGGGCUGCCACCAUCACAGACUAGUGGGACGCCCAUUGGCCAUGACGGAGCUGGUGGAGGGCAUGGCGGGCGUGGUGCUUCCUGUGUGAAGUCGAACAAGACAAAUUGGGGUGGGGAUGUGUAUGCCUGGUCAACUUUGUCCCACCCAUGGAGUUAUGGGAGCAAAGGAGGCAAUUCAUCUUUGGAAAACCAAUAUGGAGGUGAUGGUGGGGGUCGUGUCAUGCUCAAAGUCGAUAAAUCCUUGCUUAUUGAUGGAUCUAUACUGGCAGAAGGAGGCGUAGGAGGUCUUAAUGGAGGAGGUGGAUCUGGUGGAAGCAUUAUUAUCCAUGCUUUUAAGCUGACUGGAAAUGGUACUAUUAGUGCUGCUGGUGGAAAUGGAUGGGGUGGAGGAGGUGGCGGUAGGAUAUCUGUGGAUUGUUAUAGCAUACAGCAAGAUGUAACAAUUACUGUUCAUGGUGGGGAGAGUUUUGGCUGUCCUGAUAAUGGUGGUGCUGCUGGGACUGUAUAUGAUAGAUCAUUGCAGACUCUUAAGGUCAGCAAUAACAAUUUCACAACAAGGACUGACACUCCGCUGCUGGAUUUUCCUGUGACUAUACUGUGGUCAAAUGUAUAUGUGGAAUCUAAUGCGAGAGCUUUAGUUCCUUUGCUGUGGUCCAGAGUGCAGGUAAAAGGCCAAAUCAAACUCCUUGAUGGGGGGAGCAUAUGCUUUGGGCUGUCUGAGUAUCCAGUUUCUGAGUUUGAGCUGGUUGCUGAAGAGCUUCUUAUGAGUGAUUCUGUCAUUAAGGUUUAUGGCGCAUUUAGGAUGUAUGUUAAAAUGCUGCUGAUGUGGGACUCCACAAUUCAGAUAGAUGGUGGUGGUAAUAGUGAUGUCAGUACAUCUAUGCUUGAAGCAAGAAAUUUAGUUGUUCUUAGGCAUAAUUCCGUCAUUUCUUCAAAUGCUGACUUGGGUGUCUAUGGUCAAGGGCUUCUCAACCUGUCAGGUCCUGGUGAUGGAAUCAGAGCUCAGCGCCUUUUCCUGUCACUAUUUUAUAACAUUGAAGUUGGACCUGGUUCCUUGCUUCAGGCUCCAAUACAUGAUGAAGUUGAGAGCAACUUGGUUGAUCAGUCACGUUGUAAGAGUCAGACAUGCCCAAACGAGCUAAUCAUGCCUCCUGAUGAUUGUCAUGUGAAUAGUUCCUUGUCUUUCACACUUCAAAUAUGUCGUGUUGAGGAUAUCACAGUUAGUGGUGUGGUUAAAGGAAGUAUCAUUCACAUUCAUCGAGCAAGGACUGUCAACAUUAAAAAAUACGGCACUAUAAGUGCCUCAGAGUUAGGUUGCAAAGAGGGCAUCGGUGAAGGGAAAUUUCUAAUACAUGGAGCUGGAGGGGGUGCUGGGCAUGGAGGGAAGGGUGGGUCAGGGUUUUAUAAUGGAAUGCUUAUUGACGGUGGCCCAGAGUACGGUGAUGCCGAUCUCCCUUGUGAGCUGGGAAGUGGGAGUGUUGGGCCUAGCGACUCAGCUGAAAAUGUUGUUGGCGGGGGAAUGAUUGUAAUGGGAUCCAUGAAGUGGCCUCUUUCGAGACUGGAAAUUUAUGGUUCAUUAAUGGCUGAUGGUCAAAGUCAUGGAAAGACAGAUAUAAAAUCAAAUGGCACACAAAAUGGUGGGUUGGGGGGCGGCUCUGGUGGUACGAUUCUUUUGUUUCUACAAUCCCUUAUAUUAGAGGAAAACUCAUCUUUAUCGGUUGCCGGUGGUACUGGUGGACCGACUGGUGGAGGAGGAGGUGGCGGUGGGAGAAUUCAUUUUGAUUGGUCAAAUAUUGCUGUGGGAGAUGAAUAUGUGCAGAUUGCUUCUGUAAAUGGGACAAUAAUUUCAAGUGGAGGAGCUGGUAAUGGUGGUGGUUAUUAUGGGGGUGAAGGUAGUAUCACUGGGAAGACAUGCCCCAAGGGGCUUUAUGGAACAUUUUGCAAUGAAUGCCCAAUCGGCACAUAUAAAGAUACUGUCGGAUCCAACUCAUCCCUCUGCAUUCCUUGCUCACUUGAUAUUCUUCCUAACCGUGCAGAUUUCAUUUAUGUAAGAGGUGGUGUUACUCAGCCAUCUUGUCCAUACAGAUGUCUUUCUGAGAAGUACAGGAUGCCUAAAUGCUAUACACCCCUUGAAGAACUGGUAUAUGCUUUUGGAGGUCCAUGGCCCUUUGCUAUUCUCCUAUCAUUCAUCUUGAUUCUAUUAGCUCUUAUUCUAAGUGCUUUGAGAAUCAAAAUUGGUAAGAAUGAUUAUUCUUAUCAGUCUACGAAUUCCAUCCAACAUGACGGUUCUGAUUCUUUCCCAUAUCUGCUCUCCCUGGCAGAGGUGCCUGGGACAAGCAGGGCUGAAGAAACCCAGAGUCAUGCCCACAGAAUGUAUUUCAUGGGUCCCAAUACUUUCAGAGAACCGUGGCAUCUUCCUUACUCGCCACCUGAUGCUAUAAUUGGAAUUGUGUAUGAAGAUGCUUUCAACCGAUUCAUUGAUGAGAUUAACUUAAUAGCUGCAUACGAGUGGUGGGAAGGUUCUGUGCAUAGUAUACUUUCAGUACUUGCGUAUCCUUGUGCAUGGUCUUGGAAACAAUGGCGACGAAGAAAGAAGAUCCAUCGUCUUCAAGAGUACGUCAAAUCUAAGUAUGAUCACUCAUGCCUUCGAUCUUGCAGAUCACGAGCUCUUUACAAAGGAAUGAAGGUUGGUUCAACACCUGAUUUGAUGGUUGCAUACAUUGAUUUCUUUCUUGGUGGUGAUGAGAAACGGCUCGAUGUAGCAUCCACCAUCCAGAAGAGGUUUCCUAUGUGCAUUAUUUUUGGUGGGGAUGGAAGUUAUAUGGCACCAUACUAUCUUCACAGCGAUACUUUGUUAACAAACCUUCUCGGCCAGUAUGUUUCCACAGCAAUCUGGAAGAGAUUGGUUGCUGGGUUGAAUGGUCAGUUAAGAACAGUAACGCAAAGAAGCAUCCAGUCGGGGCUAGUCCCUGUUAUUUCUUGGAUCAACAGUCAUGGGAAUCCCCAGCUCGAGUACCAUGGUGUCAGAGUCGAACUGGGUUGGUUCCAGGCUACAGCUUCUGGUUAUUACCAGCUUGGGAUAGUGGUAUCAGUGAAUGAAUACUUAUUCAACAAUGCCAACCAGUCGGAAAAUCCAAGUUCAAGUGACCGUUCAAGAUGUCUCUUCGAAAAAUUCUCCAGGAGAAAUGUUGCAGUUCGACAUGGAUGCCCUAAACAGCUGCAGCAUAUUCAGGCUAGCAUCAGCUAUGCAACUUCAAGGAAGCGAUUGACUGGAGGAGUAAAUGGUGGAAUCAUUAAUGAAGGAACAUUGAAGUCGUUGGAUUAUAAGAGGGACUAUCUCUUUCCUUUCUCUCUUUUAUUGCAAAAUACUAGGCCUAUUGGAUUCGAGGAAACACUGCAGCUGCUCAUAUGUAUCAUGCUGUUGGGUGAUUUUGCAAUCACCCUUCUUACACUCGUACAGUACUAUUGGAUCUCUCUUGGCGCUUUUCUUGUUGUCCUCCUUAUUCCUCCACUGUCAUUGCUUUCUCCCUUUCUUGCUGGUCUCAAUGCACUUUUCAGUCGAGGACCCAAAAGAUCUUCACUUUCUCGUAUAUAUGCACUGUGGAAUGCCACCUCCAUUGUUAACAUAAUCAUGGCAAUUGUUUGUGGACUUAUUUACUGUGGACUUCCUUCCUCGGAGAUGACCUCAAACUUGAUAAGGGAAGACAAUGAGUGGUGGAUUUUACCAAUCGUCCUUCUUCUAGUUAAGUCACUGCAAGCUGGCCUAGUCAACUGGCACGUAGCAAAUAUCGAGAUUCAAGAUCUAUCUUUGUUUAGCCCUAAUCCGGACAAAUUCUGGGCCAUGUGAGAUCCAUAUUAGACAAAAGCAUUCUGGACUCGUGCAUAAUAGUACAGCUUGGAAAUUUGCAAUGUUGAUCAAAACUGGAGAGAGUACAAUUAUCGUCAGAGUCUCAGUCAGCUGUAUAUAUGUUGAUUCAUUGUAUAUUCUUCGAUAGCGUGGGCUUUUUUUGCUUGUAUUGCAACUGUUGCAGGAAAUAGCAAAAGCUGUCUAAAGUUGCUGCCGAGCGGUGAGGGAUCCCCCCAUUUUUCGGGAUCUAUCUUCAGCCAAAUUGGGUAUGAUCUUUGUGGAGUAUAGCUAAUCUAGAAUAGCAGAGGUAUUUGGCUUUUGUGUGCCUACCACCUUCUAGUAUUCUCUCCGGUAUUUGUUGUUUACUAGGCAGGGAACUUGAUUUCCAGACCAUGUAUGUGUACAGAAGUCGUACUUCAGAUACUUUUGAAGGUGAUGUGGUAAGUAGCAGUAUGAUGCCCUAUCUUUUUACUAUCGGGCUAUCUUUUUAGUGACUUUGCCAUCACUGAAAUGCGCUCUUUCAUGAUUGUUGCUACCUGGAAAUUAAAGAUGGCCAUUCUUUAUACCGUAUUAUUCUUA